AGGGUUCAAUGAGAGCUGUUUGCCCCACCCAUCUCUUCAACGCUGUCUAUCUCAAUGUACAAUUCACUGAGAAAAGGAAAUAAUCGCUAAAAAUACACCCUCGAAAAGGAUUCAUUCGCCACAAUUGGGGAUUCAACGCGCUCCGUCCGUAGGGAAUCCAUCGCUGUCGUUGUGGUAUCGGAUUUAUCUUCACGUCUCCAAAUGCACAUGAUCUACCACCCGAAUUCAAGAAGGAUACAAAGCGUAGCCUGACAGCGGACUCGGACUGCGAUAACCGGUAAAAUAUCGACGGAAUCGGUCGCAUUUGCAUCUGCGGUUGAAAGAACCGUGAGGAUCGCCGCUCGCGUCAAAGCAAAGCCUACGGAUGUGAGGAGAAAUUCAAAUUACGGUAACGGAGAAGACGGCGAAGGGCCUCGUUUGAUUUGGACGAGCCGAGAAAAAAGCGAUCAGUCACCAGAAGCAGAACAGGAGGGAAAAUAGCGUCAAUCUGAGGGGAAUUUUUCAGCAGCACCACCGUAUUUUUCUCGCAGACAACGUCGUUUCGUAACGGAGUUAAAAGGUUCAUGUCGGCCACGGCGCAGGGCGGAAUGAUCCACAUGCCGUCAUUUUGGUGGAAAUAUUUAUUUUUUUAAUUUGUAGCCACCCUUUCUAUCUCGUUCUGCCCGUCUCGUUGCAUCGGCCGACGGAUUCGACAGCGAGACACCGAAAACAAUCGCGUUUUGUGGAGCUAUUCAUGAUUUUAAUAGGAGUCGCUCGUCAUUUCGGGAAACCGACCAUGGAUUCGCGACGGGAAAUUUGCUAAAUCGCCGUCGUGGGAAAGCCCAAAUCAUUCAUGUAACGUCGAAGGCUUCGCUGGAUGCACAUCCAUACACAGAAAUCUCAUAUUUUAUAGCAGCGAGCGCUCGACAGGACUCGGCCGUCUGUAGGCCGGCCUAGUGUUUUCACCACCACCACCACCACCACCUAUUCUCGCCAGUACUAGUCACCCAUAGCUUUCAUAUUUCCCCGUGCUCCCCUGCCCUUAUCAGCUCAAUCCGGGGAAGUUAUGUGCAUACGAGUAUAAAUGUCCCGCUUUUCCAUCAAAGUGUUCUGAUCGGAGGCCAAUCAAGGGAUUUGGAUCAUUUAUUCAUACGGUAGAUACACCUCCCCCCCACCCCACCCCAAAACUUUUCUUGGGUUUUUGGGAAAAUGGGUUGUUUGGGCAACAGUAAGACUGAGGACCAGCGAAAUGAGGAGAAGGCCCAGCGAGAAGCUAACAAAAAGAUAGAGAAACAGCUCCAGAAAGACAAACAGAUCUACAGAGCAACUCAUCGACUACUACUGUUAGGGGCUGGAGAAUCGGGGAAAAGCACCAUAGUCAAACAGAUGCGCAUUUUACAUGUCAAUGGCUUCAAUGCUGAAGAGAAAAAACAGAAAAUUCAAGACAUCAAGAAUAAUAUAAAAGAAGCUAUAGAGACUAUAGUGACGGCAAUGUCCGUGUUGGUACCUCCAGUCCAGUUAGCCUGUCCCGCAAAUAAGUUUCGAAUUGAUUACAUCCUCAAUUUAGCCAAUCAGAAGGACUUUGAAUUCACACCGGAAUUUUAUGAACACACAAAGACCCUGUGGCAGGAUGAAGGGGUGAGAGCUUGCUUCGAAAGAUCCAACGAAUAUCAACUGAUCGACUGCGCACAGUAUUUCCUGGACAGGAUCGACACUGUGAAACAGAGCGACUAUACUCCCACUGAUCAGGACUUGCUCAGAUGCAGAGUUCUGACUUCCGGGAUCUUUGAGACAAGAUUCCAAGUGGACAAAGUUAAUUUUCAUAUGUUUGAUGUUGGCGGACAGAGAGACGAACGCAGGAAAUGGAUUCAGUGUUUUAAUGACGUGACAGCCAUCAUUUUUGUGGUAGCCAGCAGCAGUUAUAACAUGGUGCUCAGAGAGGACAAUCAGACCAACAGACUCCAGGAGGCACUUAACCUGUUCAAGAACAUCUGGAAUAACAGGUGGCUUCGAACUAUUUCUGUCAUUCUGUUCCUAAACAAGCAGGACUUGCUGGCCGAGAAGGUCUUGGCGGGAAAAUCAAAAAUUGAGGAUUACUUCGCUGAGUUUGCACGCUACACUACACCAGAUGAUGCAACACCAGAGCAAGGGGAAGAUCCGCGAGUUACGAGAGCAAAAUAUUUCAUCCGAGAUGAGUUCUUGAGGAUCAGUACAGCGAGUGGAGACGGACGGCACUACUGCUACCCGCACUUCACCUGCGCCGUGGACACGGAAAACAUCCGCCGAGUGUUUAACGACUGCAGAGACAUCAUUCAGCGCAUGCACCUACGACAGUACGAACUCUUGUGAUCGCAGCAGGGAUGACGGGACGCAAUCUCACCACCUGAACUUUCUUUAGGCCCCCCUGCCCUACAUCACGCCCCAAUAUCAAACCACGAACCUUCAAACUGAUGAGUCCCCACCUCUUACACUUACACACACAUGCAUAUUAUAUAUAUAUAUACAUAUGCGUAUGUAUAUAUAUUCCUAUAUAUACAUACAGACACACACACACACACAUGGCCUUUCUCCAUCCUGAGUGACUAGGGGCUGGGGCAAGGGGACGCACUGUGUUACUGAUGAAAGCGUGGCUGUGAUAUCUGGCAAAAAGACUUGUUAACACAGCCAAGGACUACCGAUGUUAAUAAAAAGAGAGAGAAGAAAACAAAACAUGUGAGAGGGAGAGGGAGGGGGGGAGAAAAGAGGGAAGAAAAAAAACUGUCCAGGACUGCUCAGGACAAGGAAGCCAUUUCGUACACAUACAGACACAUAAUGCGUCCAGCUAAACUCCUGACCCGCAGUCCUAUGUAUGUUACACGUCAAACUUGUCUUUUUUCCCAUCGUA